AUGAAAAGAAAUAACAAUCAACAAAACAAAAAAGUUGAAGCAAAGAAAAGUGUUUACAAUAAUCUUGCAUUUGAUGAUAGUGAUGAUGAUCAAGUAGAAGAAGUUGUCAAUGCCACUAAUAAUCUUAAUGUUGCCAAACAACAACCACAACAACCAACUGUUACCACCACCACCACCACCGCCGCUGCCACUGGUAGCGCACAAACUACUUUAACCAAUGAAGCCGAUCCAACCCCACGUCCAUUCAGUGGUGGUUUUAUCUCAACCAUGGAUAUUCCAGAUUAUUACCCAAUUGGUAAAUUAAUCAAAGAUAAUGAUUUCUCAGAAAGAGCUCAAGUUACAUUCAAUACAUUAUGUAUUAUUAAAGUUGCUGAAUAUGAUAUCAUUAAAGAAAUCAUUGAAAAAUAUAAACCAUUUGUUAAAUUAUCAAACACAGUCUAUGAAAUUUCAAAAUCUUCAAAAAUUACUGGUAAAGCUUUCCAAGAAUUCCAAGAUGAUAUUAAAAAAACUAAAGUUAAAACAUUAGUUAUUAAAACCAUUUUAACAAUUAAAGCAAAGAAUCCAGAAGAUUGUAGUGAUAUUGCAAAAUGGAUUGAAAAACAAGUUGCCAAUUUUGUACCAUAUAACUAUCCAACCAAAGUAUCAACUUUUGUCGUAUCAAAUAGUGAAAACUUUACAUUUAAAUCAAUGAUUCCAAGUUUUGAUUCAAUUAAUGUACCAUAUCAAUUAUUUGAAAAGGAUGCAAAAGAUGUUAAACAAAUUACUUGUACUUUAGUUCAAUGUGAACAAGAGAAAUCAUCAACUGCAACCACCACCACUAAUAAUAAUAAUAAAAUUUCAGUUUGUAAUGAUGAAGAAUCAUCAAAAGAUACAAUUAUCAAUUCAUUAAUUUCACCAUUAAUGGAAGCAAAUCAAUCAUUGGUUGGUAGCGGUAAUGAUAAAAAGAUUAAAUGUUCACUCAAAUUUGGUAAUUCAAUUUUCUAUCAACUCAGUUCCACUGCAUUCCUUCCAUCAUUCACAAAGGAUCAAUUAAAUUCAAUGGAAACUUAUAAAGAUUUCCGUUCAAAACAAGAUAAUCUCAUUAAAGAAUCCGAUUUCAAUGCUAUCGCUAAAUUCAUUAAAGAUAAUGAAAGUACAACUUACAAAGUAAAGGAAACCGAUGCUUCAAUCUAUCGUGUUUUCAUUGGUAACUAUAAAGUUAGAUUAGUACCAUCUACCACCACUGCUCAAGAUAAUAAUAAUAAUAGUUUAACAAUUAAAGGUAUCUCUCAAUUGGAUGAAAGAGUUGUAACACUCGAUACUGUUUAUCCAGGAAGUGGCAAUCAACAAUCAAAUUCUAAAGUUGGUUGUAGAAUUUCAAUUUCAAAGAGUAAAAACUUUGAUAAAGAUUCAAUCCCUAAAAACUUUAGCUCUUUCUUAGAACAAACUACCAAAGAUAAAAAUGCCAACUCUUUAGUAUUCCCAACCGAUUUCUAUAAAACUAAAAGUUUCUCAAAAUCUCAAACCACUUAUAUCAAUAACACCACUGGAAAUAUUAUCUCUUUAAUUAAAAUCUCUGAAGAGAAAAGAGAUGAAAUCUUUUAUUCAAUUAAAAUUUCAAAUCCAUCUAUUAAAUUAACAAACAAACCAUCUGAAGAUCAAUUUAAACAAGCUUUAAUUUCAAUUUAUUCUGAAUAUCAAUCAUUGGUUAAUAAAUUAUAA